UUUCCCGGAACCUGUGGCGGCGCCGCGGGCCUCUCGCUGUGACUCGGGAGCCGGGGCCAUGGAUUACGACUCCAAGCCGAGCUGGGCCGACCAGGUGGAGGAGGAGGUCGACGAGGGUCCAUUACCUUCACCGAAAGAGCAGAUCAAAGGGAAUAUUAAAAUUCUCACCGAAUAUAAAGUCGAUGAAGACGGGAAGAAAGUGAAGAUCGUGCGGACGUUCAGGAUUGAAACCAGGAAAGCGUCGAAAGCGGUAGCCCGGAGGAAGAACUGGAAGAAAAUCGGGAACUCGGAGUAUGAUCAAGCGGGGCCCAACGUAGCCACGACAACUGUCAGCGACGAUGUGUACAUGACCUUCAUCACCAACAAAGAGGACCUGAUAAACCAGGAAGAUGAUGAUCCGAUGUCCAAACUGAAAGGGCAGAAGAUCGUGUCCUGCCGGAUCUGCAAAGGGGACCAUUGGACAACGAGGUGUCCGUACAAAGACACGCUGGGCCCCAUGCAGAAGGAGUUAGCCGAGCAGCUGGGCCUAAGCACCGACAAAGAAAAGGUUCCAGGAGAGGCCGAGCCCGUACAGCCAGCACAGAGCAAGACGGGCAAGUACGUCCCGCCCAGCUUAAGGGACGGAGCCAACCGGCGAGGGGAGUCCAUGCAGACAAAUCGCAGAGCCGAUGAUAAUGCCACCAUCCGGGUAACUAACCUCUCUGAGGACACCAGAGAGACCGACCUGCAGGAGCUUUUCAGACCGUUCGGCUCCAUCUCCAGGAUUUAUCUGGCAAAGGAUAAGAACACAGGCCAGUCUAAGGGAUUUGCCUUCAUCAGCUUCCAUCGCCGGGAGGAUGCGGCCCGUGCCAUCGCUGGCGUUUCAGGUUUUGGCUACGAUCACUUGAUCCUGAACGUGGAAUGGGCCAAACCUUCAACCAACUGAAGUGUUCUCUGAACGAACAUCGAAAGCGCAGGAGUUAAGUCACUAUUUACUUAGCAAAAUAAAGUUUGGACCAAUAUUUCCUC